AUGUCGCCGCUAUCUAUUAGCGACGAGUUUGCACAAUACUAUGGAGACCUGUACAACCUCCGUAAUGACGCAACCAUAACCACCCCGACAGAUACCGAGAUAGAGACUUACCUAAACAAACUCAACCUUCCGACCCUGACAACUCAACAGAAAGAAACACUCACCCGACCAGUCACCGCAGAGGAG